AGUCGUAAAGUUCGAAUGAUUCUUACAACCGGAUUUGAACUGCCAAAAAAAAAAUCACUCUACUGACAUUCUCUAGUAAAAUUUACCGGUUGUGUGUCGUUGUUGCAGUUGUUGAACGUCUUCUUCGAGUGGGACAUGUGCUUCGACAACACCAGGUGUUAUUACUAUGCGAGUUGCUGAGACUGAGUCUUCUCCGUGGACGCGAUUUGGGAGGCACUUUGACCCCGGGACUCAUUUGACAUUCUUAUAGGAACGCAGAACGACAGAAACGACAGGAUGGUUAUUCGAUCUGUGCCGAAGCGGAACGUUCGAAUACUUCUGCUGGGCGACAGGGGAGUGGGCAAAACCUCGCUGAUCCUGUCGCUGGUGAGCGAGGAGUUCCCUGAGAAUGUGCCCACCAGAGCAGAAGAGAUCACCAUACCAGCAGACGUUACACCUGAACAGGUGCCGACAAACAUCGUUGAUUACUCCGCAGCCGAUCAGACCGACGACGAGUUGAAUGAUCAAAUCAAAAGGGCGAGCGUCAUAUGCGUGGUGUACGCCGUCGACGACGAAGACUCGAUCGACAGGAUAUCCACGUACUGGUUGCCGCACAUCCGCGAGGUCUGCGGCGAUUUCCAGGUGCCCGUCGUCCUCGUCGGCAACAAGAUCGACCUGGUGGAGUACUCCACGAUAGAGGGCGUGUACACGAUAAUGGAUCAAUACUCCGAGGUGGAGACGUGCAUCGAAUGCUCCGCGCGAACCCUCAAGAACAUCUCGGAGAUGUUCUACUACGCACAGAAGGCGGUCCUCCAUCCGACGGGGCCCAUCUACUCCGUGGAGAGCUCCGACCUGACGGACGCGUGCAGGAAGGCGCUCGUUCGCAUCUUCAAAAUCUGUGAUAUCGACUGCGACGGUCUGCUCAACGACAUCGAGCUGAACAACUUCCAGAGCCGCUGCUUCAAUACGCCCCUGCAACCGCAAGUCCUCGACGACGUCAAAGGCGUGCUGCGGAAGAACCUCGAGGAUGGCGUCACGCACAACUGCGUCAAUCUGAAGGGGUUCCUCUACCUGCACAGCCUCUUCAUCCAGAGGGGACGUAACGAGACCACCUGGACCGUACUCAGAAAGUUCGGUUACAAUGACAACCUCAACAUGUCCAAGGACUACCUUUUCCCCACAAUCAAGAUCAUCGGUGGAUGUUCGACGGAGCUGUCUCACAGGGGACAGCAGUUUUUGACGCACAUUUUCGAGAGACACGACAAGGAUAGGGAUCAGGCUCUGUCGCCCACCGAAUUCGAGGAGCUCUUCUCCACGUGCCCAACUCCACCUUGGGGACCUGACGUUAGCGAUAUGGUGCCGACCAACGAUAAAGGUUGGAUCACCUACCAGGGCUACAUGUGCCAAUGGGCUUUGAUGACGCUCACAGAUCUACCAAGAACUUUCGAGUACCUCGCCUACCUUGGCUACAAUAUCUACGAGAACGACUCGCAAGUCACAGCCGUACAAAUCACGAGAGAAAAGAAAUUAGACUUGAUCAAGAAGCAGUCCAGCAGGAACGUGUACCAGUGCCACGUGAUCGGUCCCAACAGCGCCGGCAAAUCCAGCUUCUGCAAAAGUUUCAUACGACCACUGACCGAGAAAAACGUGAAACCGGACAUCGCCGGCAGCCCUCAUUGCACGGUGAACAUGGUCCAGGUGUACGGUCAGGAGAAGAUCAUGGUGCUGAGGGAUAUCAACGUGCGAAACGUGUCCGAUCCUCUGCUACCGCACGAGGUCCACUGCGACGUGGCAUGCUUGAUGUACGACAGGAACGAUCCCAAAUCUUUCGAGUACAUCGCCAGGAUAUUCAUCAAAUAUUUUGCUGAUAGCAAGAUUCCCGUUCUGGUUGUGGCGUCGAAGAGCGACCUGGACGAUGUCAGACAGGACUACCUGCUGCAGCCGGCCUUCUUCUGUCAGAAGUACAAGAUCCUGCCGCCGCAGCAGUUCAGCGUUCGCGGACACACGAGGAAAGAUGUCUUCGCGAAGUUGGCCACGAUGGCCGCGUUUCCACGGUUUCAAGCCGCCUGGAUCUUGUUCUAUAAGCACAGUCCUUUGCGGCGUAUGGUAAACAUGUUGUUGUUAAGACCGCAACCAUCAGAAUGGUUCAGUCACUUUUACAGAAACCUGCGGGACUUUGGACUUCUCCCCACGGAUUCGGCGAUGUGGUGGAAGGCGGGACUCGGAUUGGCCGCGGCCACGGCCUUCGGUCUCAUCGCGAUGAAGGUGUUGAACGCCACGGACAAAGUCAGAUAAGAGAGCGAAAUUACGAACAGCAAUUUCCAAAGAGUACUGCUGACUUAAAAAAACAAAAA